AAUAAACCAUAGUUUAUAUCUGCGUUUAGAUCACUCGUUUGGUCGCUUCCAUCUCAAGUGCUGGUUGUGCAACAGUCAUUGCCAUCCUCCAUCCCUCUGAACUCCGAAGGCCGAACCAGUUCCGACGAAACGGUACGGUGACGGCUCACCUCGGGGGUCUCCAUGUCCAUGGACGGCCCUGCCACCUCGCCGGCAAGCGAGGUGCCGUUCCGCAUCAGCUUCUCCGGCCACAGCGGCCACCUCCGCCUCGACCCUACCCCGCACACGCCCAGCCCCAUUCCGGACUUCGUCCUGCCGCCGGCAUACCCGGCCGAGAGCCCGAGCAGCGUGAAGGAGUACCUCGAGAGGAACUACCUCGACCCCGAGCUGCACCUCCCCACCGCGGCCGAUAGCGGGAGGGUGUGGGAUGUCGACUGGUUUGCCCUGGCCAGGCCGCCGCUGGAGCCCUCCGCCCCCCGCACCAUGCUCGCGCCCGUCUGGGUGCCGCCUUUCCGGCGCGGGCAGGAGAAGUUGCAAUCCGCGGCAGAGUCGCGAGUGUGGGACCCUGAGUCCGUGCAAAUGGAGAUGGUCGACGUGUUCGAUUCGGGGACCGGGGGGAUAGCGCCCCGGAUGCCUGGUCCGGCGAAGGACUUCGUCAGGGGGAGCAUCAACAACAGACCUUUUCGUCCAGGCGGUCUGCAGGAUGACGCCGCUGAGGCGGCUGCGCUGGAAAAGGCGUUCCCAGAGGGUGCAAGGACUGGUGAUUGGGUGCGUGAGCUCAUGAGCGGUGGCCCGGCGCAGGUUGCGCCUCCAGGGUUCCGUAAGGGAUUGGAGCUGGGCCAGUUGAAGGGGUAUGAAAGCCACUGGAAGUGUUUCCGGGAUGGAGAACUUGUAGAGGAGCAACCUGCAUCAUCAUCGAAUGACACAAUGGAGAAGUACUCUGUGCAGUUUGAUGAUCUUUUCAAGAUAGCGUGGGAGGAAGAUACUGCCAACAAGUUGUUGAAGGACGGUGUUGUUCAACAAUCUGCUGAAGGUGAAGGAAUCAAUGAAAUUGGCGAACAAAAAGUUGAUGCAUUGCAGGAUGAGUUCGAGAGUAUAACAACGCUAGAUGACGAGAAACAGGAAGUUGAUGUCAUAAGAAAUGUUCCUGAAACUCAAACAGACUUGGAUCAGAUGUUAUCUUCUGAAGUACAGGAUACAGGCAGGGAACCAGGUGCAUCAGGUGAUAAGAAGCCAACACAAGAUGGCAUGGUUUGGGCACUUGUUGGUGGGGACGAGGACAUAGUGACUAACUUCUCCAAACUCGUUCCAGAUAUGGCAAUCGAGUUUCCAUUUGAAUUGGAUAAGUUCCAGAAGGAGGCUAUAUAUUAUCUCGAGAAGGGUGAAUCAGUCUUUGUUGCAGCCCAUACUUCAGCUGGAAAGACGGUUGUUGCUGAGUAUGCAUUCGCAUUAGCAACGAAACAUUGCACUAGGUCUGUCUAUACUGCUCCUAUUAAAACUAUCAGCAACCAGAAAUACAGAGAUUUUUCUGGGAAGUUUGAUGUGGGACUUCUGACAGGAGAUGUUAGCAUCAGGCCAGAGGCAACUUGCUUAAUUAUGACUACUGAGAUAUUGCGUUCAAUGCUCUACAGAGGCGCAGACAUUAUACGUGAUAUUGAAUGGGUAAUCUUUGAUGAAGUGCAUUAUGUAAAUGAUGCUGAAAGAGGUGUAGUCUGGGAGGAGGUCAUUAUAAUGCUCCCGAAGCACAUUAACAUUGUUCUUCUUUCGGCAACGGUCCCAAAUACUGUUGAAUUUGCUGACUGGAUUGGUCGGACAAAGCAGAAGAAAAUUCGUGUCACAUCGACCAACAAAAGGCCUGUUCCACUUGAGCAUUGCCUGUUCUACUCUGGAGAAGUGUACAAAAUAUGUGAGAGGGAUAUGUUUCUUGCUCAAGGAUUUAAAGAAGCAAAAGAUGCUUUCAAAAAGAAAAAUUUGAAUAAGUUUGGAGUGAAACCUGGUUCAAAGUCAGGAACCCCUGCAGUACGUGCUGGAACUCAAGGCAAAAAUCCAGAUACAUCCAACAAGGGGAGAGAUCAAAAGUACCCAAAGCACCGCAAUUCCAAUUCAGGAGUAGCCACAGUUCAACAGAGCUCCUCAGGGCCAAAGAGAUUUGAAUCUUUAUUUUGGAUGCCACUUGUGAAUAACCUUCUGAAGAAAUCCCUUGUGCCUGUGGUGAUUUUUUGUUUCUCAAAGAAUCGCUGUGAUAAAUCGGCAGAUAGUAUGUUUGGCACUGAUCUCACCAGUAGUUCAGAGAAAAGUGAAAUACGUGUCUUCUGUGACAAGGCAUUUUCACGUCUUAAAGGAUCUGAUAGGAACCUUCCACAGGUUGUAGGAAUACAAAGCCUUCUGCGAAGAGGAAUUGGAGUACACCACGCUGGGCUUCUCCCUAUUGUGAAGGAAGUUGUUGAGAUGCUGUUUUGCCGUGGUGUAAUCAAGGUACUGUUUUCCACUGAGACAUUUGCAAUGGGUGUCAAUGCACCGGCAAGAACGGUUGUGUUUGAUUCUUUAAGAAAGUUUGAUGGAAAAGAACACCGGAAAUUGCUUCCAGGGGAAUAUAUACAAAUGGCUGGGCGAGCUGGUCGGAGAGGACUUGAUAACAUUGGUACUGUGAUCAUUAUGUGUCGUGAUGAAAUUCCUGAAGAAAGCGAUUUGAAAAAUUUGAUCGUUGGAAAACCAACUCGUUUGGAAUCUCAAUUUCGAUUAACAUACACCAUGAUACUACAUCUUCUGCGUGUGGAGGAACUGAAGGUCGAGGACAUGCUCAAGAGAAGUUUUGCUGAAUUCCACGCACAAAAGAAUUUGCCUGAGAAGGAAAAGCUUCUUCUGCAAAUGCUUCGUCAACCUACAAGGACAAUAGAGUGCAUAAAAGGAGAGCCUUCUAUUGAGGAAUACUACGAGAUGACUUUAGAUGCUGAGGCACACAGGGAAUACAUAACAGAAGCAAUUAUGCAGCUGCCUAAUUCUCAACAGUUUCUUACGCCUGGGAGAUUGGUGGUUGUUAAAUCUGAUUCUGAUGAUGAUCACUUGCUUGGUGUUAUACUGAAAAAUCCAUCUGCAUUGCUAAAGAAAUAUGUUGUUCUGGUAUUGACUGGUGAUUGCAGUUCAUCUGCACUAGCCCCUGAGUUCAAUAAAAAUGAAAAGGGUCCUGUGGAUUUUCAAGGAGGACAAUUUAUUGUCCUGAAAGGAAAACGUGGCAUGGACGAUGAAUAUUUCUCUUCUGUUAGUUCACGAAAAGCUUCAGGUGUAAUCAAUAUCAAUCUACCAUACAAGGGGGAUGCAUCUGGAAUGGGCUUUGAAGUAAGAGCAAUUGAGAAUAAAGAAAUCAUUAGUAUAUGCAGCAGCAAAAUAAAGAUUGAUCAAGUCAGACUUCUUGAGGAGCCUAACAAAACUGCAUACUCUAGAACUGUCCAACAGCUUAUAAAGGAGCAACCAGAUGGAACCAAGUAUCCUCCUGCUUUAGAUGCAAUAAAAGAUCUAAAAAUGAAAGACAUGUAUCUUGUUGAAAGUUACCGUGCAUAUCACAUACUACUGCAAAAAAUGUCUGAAAACAAGUGCCAUGGUUGUAUAAAACUGAAGGAGCAUAUAUCAUUGAUGAGGGAGCAAAAGAUGUACAAGGAUCAGUUGAAUGAAUUGAAAUUCCAAAUGUCCGACGAGGCACUUCAACAAAUGCCAGAGUUUCAAGGCAGAAUUGAUGUACUAAAGGUAAUCCACUACAUUGAUUCUGAUCUAGUUGUGCAACUUAAGGGUCGGGUAGCAUGUGAAAUGAACUCCGGUGAGGAGUUAAUAUCAACAGAAUGUCUGUUUGAAAAUCAAUUGGAUGACCUAGAACCCGAAGAAGCUGUGGCUAUUAUGUCUGCAUUCGUCUUCCAACAACGCAAUGCUUCAGAACCAUCUCUUACUCCAAAACUGGCUGAAGCGAAGAAGAGGCUCUAUGAUACAGCCAUAAAAUUAGGGAAGCUCCAAUCCGAGUUCAAGGUGCCUGUGGACCCUGAAGAGUAUGCACGUGAUAAUCUCAAGUUUGGCCUUGUUGAGGUCGUCUACGAGUGGGCAAAGGGGACGCCUUUCGCAGACAUAUGCGAGCUGACUGAUGUAUCCGAAGGGAUCAUUGUAAGAACAAUCGUCCGUCUGGACGAAACAUGUAGGGAAUUCAGGAAUGCAGCUUCCAUCAUGGGGAACUCUGCGCUGUUCAAGAAGAUGGAGGUCGCGUCUAACGCUAUUAAGCGUGACAUUGUGUUUGCAGCAAGUUUGUAUGUCACAGGAAUCUGAUGCAUGUAACCUCGUAGUCUCCCUUGCUUCUUUUGUUAGAGAAAUCGUUGUGCUGGUGGAAUGCUACUAACCUAACCUUAGCUAGAACAAUUGUUGUGGUAUUUUUUUUUCCAGUUCUGGAUUAUUGCUUUUGCUAGUUUUGCGAAGUUUUCUGAAGCGGCGACCAGCAGAGUAAAGGAAAAUCGAAAGCGGGUGGGAUUCUCGUUUUUUUUUCA